GCUCUGCUUGUUCAGCCGUUCAGAAGGUCCAGUAAGCUGUAGUAAUCCGAUUAUUCCCACUGUUCACCUGUCUCAUAAACACACACACACUCACACAAGCCUGAGUGGACCAGGUCACACACACAGGAACAUGGCUGUAGCUAAAGAAGGCAUUUAUCCUCAGAAGAUUCUGGACUACAUGGAGGGUUUCAUGGUGUCGAAGACUCUUUUUGUGGCAUGUGAGUUAGGAGUGUUUGAUCACCUCCACGCCUCAGAGCGCCCGCUAACCGCAGAGGAAGUCGCGCAAGAACUGGGAACAAAUAAAGAUGGAACAGAGCGACUUCUAUCAGCUUGUGUCGGACUCGAACUCCUAAUCAUGCGGUCAGAUGAAAAAGGGCAAGUUGUCUACAGUAACACAGAAAUGUCCACCAUGUUUCUGACGAAAUCAAGUCCACGAUCUCUUUAUCACUCGAUCGAGUACUACUCCAACACGAUUUACCUGUGCUGGCGUUACCUGAAUGAUGCAGUCAGAGAGGGAACGAAUCAAUAUGAGAAAGCUUUCGGCGUAAGCUCCAAGGAUCUGUUUGAAGCUCUGUACAGGUCUGAGGAGGAAAUGGUCAAGUUCAUGCAGCUGAUGAACUCCAUCUGGAACGUCUGUGGCAGAGAUGUGAUCAGUGCCUUCAACCUUUCUCAGUUCAGGAGCAUCUGCGAUCUUGGAGGCUGCAGUGGAGCUCUGGCCAAGCAGUGUGUGUCGAUUUACCCGACGUGUAAAGUCACCAUCUUUGAUUUGCCAAAAGUCAUAAGAGUGUGUCGUGAUCACUUCCUGCCUGAGGAGCAUGAACGAAUAUUAUUCCACGGAGGAGACUUUUUUAAAGAUAAUCUUCCUGAGGCUGAUCUCUACAUCCUGGCUAGGAUUCUGCAUGACUGGACAGAUGACCGGUGUAUAGAGCUGCUGAGCAAAGUUUACCAAGCUUGCAAGCCAGGAAGCGGUGUGUUAGUGAUCGAGUCGCUCCUGUAUGAAGAUAAGAGCGGUCCUCUCUCCACUCAGCUCUACACACUCAACAUGCUGGUUCAGACUGAGGGUCAAGAGCGGACAGCAUUUCAGUACACACACCUGCUCAACUCCGCCGGCUUCAGAGACACAAACAUCCACAUGACGGGGAAACUCUACCAUAGCAUCCUCGCUCGCAAAUAGACAAUCACCAACACGUACACGGACCAGGAGACGGACACAUUGGGGUUUUUUCCAGUAAAAUCCUUUUCUUUCUGUCUUUCAUUACAAUUAAAUUUUCUUUCACAACAAACUAUGUGCCUGUUGUAGAUAUAGGACUUUAAUAAAUUCCAUGA